UCACGAUAAAGCGGGAGGUUUUGGCUUCGUAGAGGGUACCAGUUGUUGAACCACUGGCUAGUCAGUUCCUCAAGUCUGAAUCCAUAUAUUCAAAUACGUGCAGCAAUACAGACAUGGCUGAUGCAAAUGGCGCCGUCAGCCAAAACGCUGUCGCCGUUGGCCUGGAAGAUUUGAAGAACAACAACGUGGACUUUGCCCUUCUUGAGGAGGCAUUUGGCCCAUCCAGUCUCGGCAUCAUUGUGGUGAAAGACCUGCCACCAGAGUUCCACGAGCUCCGACACAAGCUCCUGUCCUACUCGUCUGCCCUGGCAAGCCUAUCACCCGAAGAACUAGGGAAACUCGAAUCUCCAGCGUCAAAGUGGCUUGUUGGGUGGUCAUGUGGAAAGGAGACUCUUAAGGAUGGCCGAUAUGACACGCUCAAAGGGUCUUACUACGUCAACUGUGCAAGUGGAUUUGAAGAGCAACAGCAAGUGGUUGCUGAUCGGUACCCCUCGUUCCCAGAAUACACUGCACCCAACGUCUGGCCCUCACAGGACAUGCUACCGGGCUUCGAGGAGACGUUCCGCGAGCUGUGCACUCUGAUUGUCGACAUUGCCGCACUCGUCGCCCGAGCGUGCGACAAGUACGCCGAAGCAAACAUCCAAGGCUAUCAGACGGGCUAUCUCGAGCAUGUCGUCAAGACGAGUGUGUCCACCAAAGCCAGGCUGCUGCACUACUUUCCAAGCCCAGAGUCUUAUAGUAAUGGCUCAUCAAGCGAGACCAGCCGCGACGAGGACGACUGGUGUGCCACCCAUCUCGACCACGGCUGCCUGACGGGCCUGACGUCUGCCAUGUUUGUCGACGAGGCCAGCCACGUACCCACCACAGGCUCAGCCUUCGCGCCCCUCAAGGAGCUCGAUGGAUCGCCUGAUCCCAAAGCAGGUCUUUAUAUUCACUCGCGAACAGGCGCAGUCACCAAGGUCAGUAUCCCACGCCACUGCCUGGGAUUCCAAACAGGCGAGGCGCUCGAGGUCAUCACCCGGGGCAAAUUCAGGGCUGUGCCACACUUUGUGAGGGGCGCUGGGCCAGGCAUUGGCGGCAAGGUAGCGAGAAACACGUUGGCCGUCUUUACGCAGCCGAACUUGUGGGAGAAGGUGGACGAGCAACGAGACUUUGCAGCUUUUGCCAAGGAGAUUGUAGAAAAGAACCACUGAGAUUGGCAGGACGUGCUGUAAUGAAACUGAUACAAUGACAUCACCUGUCCUUUUCCGAUACCUCGAAUAUGCACGUUAUCUGAUAAAGUACCCACGCGACACUGCGGAAUGACGG